AUGUAUCGUGCCAUAAGGAAUACGCAGAAGAGUUACUCAUUGUUUUGGCGUCCUCCAAAUUUACGAUGUGACGGCAUUCUUGCAGACAGCUCAAAAAAAUUGGGCCUGGUCAGUGUGCUUCAUAGUAGCUCCCCGGAGCAGCGCUGUUAUUCGACCGGGGCUACGACGGAACGAUGGGAUUCUGGUCUUCCAUCGGGCUUUACCAACACACCGCCGAAGGAUGCCCGCGUUGUUAUUUGUGGUGGCGGGAUGGCCGGAGCCGCCGUUGCCUACCAACUUGCCCAGCGUGGCUGGGGACCCCAUACGGUACUGAUCGAGAGGGGACGAAUAGGUGAAGGCAAUCCACGGCACUUCAGUGGGCUGCUGGGUGAACUGAAACCGACCCACUCGCAAGUUCUGCUAGCGCAAACUUCCCUUGAGUUGAUCCGUGAUUUCGACGCAAAAGGCCUUCCGACGGGAUGGAAAAAGACGGGUUCACUCAAUCUGGCCCGGACUCGCGAUCGAAUGACCAUGUUUCGUCGCAUGAAAUCUCAGAGCGUAUCAUGGAAUGUGGAAUGCGAAAUUGUUACCCCGGAAAAGUGCAAGGAACUUUGUCCACUGAUAGACAUCAGCGAUAUAGUAGGUGGUUUAUGGAUUCCCAAUGACGGUGUCGGCAAUCCAAACGCAUUCUGCCACAGCCUGGUGCUGGAAUCUCUAGAUAAAGGGGUAACCGUUGCCGAGAAUUGCUCCGUGAUGAGGGUGAACCAAAGGAAUGGUCGCGUCAACGCGGUUGAAACUACUAAGGGCACGGUGGAGUGCGUUUAUUUUGUCAACUGCGCUGGCUUCUGGGCACGUCAGGUAGGGCAGAUGUCGGAACCGUAUGUAAAGGUACCUUUACAUUCGGCGGAACACUACUAUCUCCACACGAAACCGAUCGCGGGACUCGGCGACCAGUUUCCGGUGGUGCGUGAUCUAGAUGGUCACAUCUACUUUCGGGAGAAUGAUGGUUGCCUGCUAGCUGGAGGAUUUGAAACAAUGGCCAAACCUGCAUACGAGGAUGGAGACAUACCGAUGACAACGGCCGAACGAAAGCUCCUGCCCGAUUGGGACCAUUUCCAUCCGUUGUUGGAAGAGCUACUGCAACGGUGCCCGUCUUUAAAGGACGUUCCUUUGGACAAGCUAUCGAACUGCCCGGAAGCCUUUUCGCCGGAUUGUAAAUGGAUUAUUGGUGAAUCGCCUGAGAUUCAAAACUAUUUGGUUGCUGCAGGAAUGAAAACGGUUGGAAUGUCCGCUGCGGGCGGUGUUGGGCGAGCUAUUGCAGACAUAAUAACACAAGGCUAUUCCACUGUGGACCUACAUGAGCUUGACAUAUCCAGAUUCUUGGGGCUGCACAAUAAUCGAAAAUUUCUCCGUGAUCGCGUGCGUGAAGUGCCAGGACUGCAUUACGAUUUAAAUUAUCCCUUUCACGAGUUUCGCACUGGACGCAACCUUCGGAUGUCGCCUAUCUUUCCGGCACUAAAGGAGGCAGGGGCAGUCUUCAGCCAAGUAAUGGGAUACGAACGGCCGGCCUGGUUCGACAGAAAGCUUUCUCAGGAUGAAAGAGGCAGACCAAAGUUCCGAAUUGCUACUACGAAUGGUUUUGGCAAGCCGCACUGGUUUGACCACGUCCAGAGCGAGUAUGAAAACUGCCGCGAACGAAUCGGAAUGAGCGACUAUAGUACCUUUACGAAAAUUGAUCUGUGGUCGAAAGAAGGCGAAGUGGUCGACUUGCUGCAGUACCUCUGCUCGAACGACGUUGACCAACCGGUCGGGUCUAUCAUUCACACGGGAAUGCACAAUCGCCAUGGCGGAUAUGAGAAUGAUUGCUCAUUGGCAAGAUUGUCGGAAAAUCACUACAUGAUGAUCGCUCCAACCGUUCAGCAGGCGCGAUGUAAAGCAUGGAUCGAGCGUCAUUUACCAGCCGGAGGGCGGGUUAGUGUAUCGGAUGUAACUUCCAUGUUUACCGCAAUUUGCAUUAUGGGACCAUUCACACGUAUCAUGUUAUCUGAACUCACCGAUACUGAGCUCUCACCGAAGCAUUUCCCAUUCUUCACCUGCAAGGAAUUGGACGUUGGCUUAGCCAAUGGAAUCCGCGCUUUAAAUCUUACACAUACCGGGGAACUGGGGUACGUGUUGUACAUACCGAAUGAAUUCGCGCUGCACGUUUACACGAAGCUCAUGGAAGCCGGACAAAAGUAUGGUAUCCGACACUGCGGUUAUUAUGCGAUGCGAACGCUUCGUGUGGAAAAGUUUUUCGCUUUCUGGGGUCAGGAUCUUGACACCUUUACCACACCCUUGGAGUGUGGCCGCAUGUGGCGCGUGAAAUUCGAUAAAGGGAUGGACUUUAUCGGGAAGGAAGCAUUGCUGCAGCAGCGCGAGAAAGGCGUCGAAAGAAUGUACAUACAACUUCUAAUCAAUGAUCACGACCCAGACGUAGAUUUGUGGUCCUGGGGUGGUGAGCCAAUUUACCGCGACGGUGUGUGCUGCGGCCAAACAACAACUACGGCGUAUGGUUUUACGUUCAAAAAACAGAUAUGCCUCGGAUUUGUAAAGAAUUUACACCCAAGUGGUCGAGCGCUCACUGUUACCAAUGAGUACGUCCUCAGUGGUGACUAUGAGGUGGAAAUUGCUGGCAUCCGGUAUCCGGCAAAGGCGAAUCUUCACUCACCGAAUCUGCCCACAAAGUACCCGGAUCAGGAACGGGAAGCGUACAAAGCUACACGCGACAAAAGCGAUGAAACCAAUUUGCUAGCGUAUAGACCGAAUAAUUAGAUAUCAAAUAAUGUUGAUACAGCUAUCGUUGUGAGUGUCUUGUUGCUGUCAUAUAUUUAUAAUUUAAGGAUUGUUUUUGGACGAUCAGUUACAUCAGUUACCCAAGUUUGAAAUUAUACAAAAGACAAAGGAAUAUAUAUUUUACAUCGCCACGGCGAGGAUUCAAUGCGAUUAUGUUAAAUCUUUAUCUACGGCGAAGUGCAGCGUAGAAUAAUAAAAGUUGAUAGUAAAAGUUGAAGGUGACCCAACGGUUUCAUGCCUGCAUUAUAUAUUGUUUGGAAAAACUGUGCCUGACUGGCUGAAUACUGAUGUCUGAUGUUCACAAUCUCCUUGAAUUUAUCUUGGAUAAUUUCUUCUAGUAUAUUCUCGUUUGAGAUUAUUCUGCCUUUACAUGCUUUAAAAUGGGUGUCAUUUCACCCCCUGCUGAAGCAGUUUGACUUUACAUUACUUGAAUUAAAACGAUGAAAUACGAGCAAGCCGAUGCAAUUAUCUGAAAAGUAGUUGUUUACUUGACUUAUAGGCUUAUGCACUAGGGAUGUUUUAGUAAAUUGAUGGUUACUCACGGUCAUAACGAGUGUUUGAUCUAGGUCAAAAUAUUCAUAUAGUGUGGUGUCAUUUCGUGCCCUAUUGACAAUAAGGAAAAGA